AUGGCGAUGGCAGAGGCAGCAAAAUUCCAUAAAGACUAUGAUACUAUUUACACCAAUUAUUUGAAAAUUGCUAGUAUCAUACUAGAAAUUAUCCCGCAGCAUAAAGAUUUCCAAACUUUCUUAAAAGAUCCGACGUAUUCCACUUAUGAGGAUUUGAAAAAGAAUAAAAUGCCUGCUGUUUUAGACGAAGCCGAAAAAUUAACAGAGUAUCUAACACAACGAGAUCGCGAGAAUGAUAAUGAUUAUUCUUCUCCCCAAUCAUCAUCAACCAGAAAUAACAAUAAAAAUGAUUUUAAUAUAUCUGCUAUGCCCGUGCCUCACCCCACAGCAAUUCAACAACAACAACAAUCAAACUAUCAAGCUUCUAACACAUUAUCGUCAUCGAACAAUAAUACAGAAUUCGGUGUAACAAAGUCCCCAGUGUACAUUAUUGGAGAUCAUAUGAUUGGUAGUAUUACCACAAAUGAAUCUUCUGCGCCGCUUAAUCCUACAAUUGCUAAUAGAAUAGCUAAUUCAAUAUCAUCAUCAUCUCAAUAUGCAUCUAAACCUUUAUCGUCUUCUGGAAUUUCUGAGCCUUCUGCAUCCACGAUGACAACCACCAGCAAUAGCAACAAUAUUUCAAAAGGACCUGAUCCCCUUGCCGGUUUUAAUCUUACUCAAAUCAUCAAAGCAACGGAUCUUGACAAAUUUUUGAAAUCCGGAGUUAAUGUUUUAAUUCUAGAUGUGAGGGAACGAAAGCAAUUUGAAGGAGGUCAUAUAAAGACGAAAAAUAUUGUUUGUUUGGAACCGAUAAUAUUACAUGAUGGAAUAUCUUCCAUAGAUUUGGAGUCACGCUUGAUUAUCUCCCCGGAAAACGAAAGAACCUUAUUCGAUGCAAGGCACACAUUCGAUCUAAUAGUAUAUCAUGACCAAAGCUCGGUGGAUAACCCUGGAAUAACUUCGAAGUCUAAUAGCAGACACCCUAUGCGCAAUUUGGUGGACGCUAUUAUGAUAAAUGAAUAUAAGAAACCGCUUAAACGUCCGCCUGUGAUAUUAAUCGGAGGGCUUGACGGUUGGCGACGCUUGGUUGGCGAUGCUGGAAUUGAGAGAGGACCAGGAGCAAUUUAUCCUGGCAUUGAUAAUACCGCUGCUAACUCAUCUACACCUCCCAAUGGUGGCGGCUUCAGAGAACCGCUUCUUCAGAACGACAAAUCAAAAAGAAACGGAAUUGUGAUUCCCGAUGCCAAUAAUUGGAUGGAAUCGUUAGGAGAUUCGAAUCAUACCGACAAACGCCCACCAAUCACGAAUUACAUGGAUUUAUUUAUGCAACCGAACGAUAAUCAACAAUCCAUGCAAUUACCAAAUUACAAUACAUCUAAGUUCAAUCAAGCUUAUCCCAAUUACAACAAUUAUCCAUUAACGUCAUCUCCUAUUGUGCAACAACAGCCCAACAACUAUUAUAUAUCAAACCUACCUACCACAUCCAAAGCCAUUUCAAAGACGCCAAUACCCGGACAAGCGAGUGAUAUCGGUAGUUCAUCACAAGCUCAAGUCCCCGCUCAAUCCCAACCCCAGCCUGCAGCCCCUAUACCUGCCGCCCCUAUACCUGCCGUAAUUAAAACAGGAUCCACCACUCUACAGCGACGUCGAACCUUUAUAGAUCAUCCCUUCAAUAGCUUUACUCGCGUAAACAAUCCGGAUUACAAAGCUCCUCCUCGACCACAAAAACCGCUGCCACCUCCGCCUUCACAUCAAACGAACGAAUUCUCCUCUUCACAGCAACAAAUGGUAUCAAUGCCACCAAAAAAUGCAGAAGAAACGGAUCUAGACCGUAGACCUUCAUUAAGGUCUGGCGGUUCUCAUCAACGGUUCCCGAAUUCCGAGAGCAGUUUCUCACAACUGGGAUCAGGAAUUGGAACAACCGGGCUCAAAAACCUAGGCAACACCUGUUUUAUGAAUUCCGUGAUUCAAUGUCUGAGUGGCACGAUUCCAUUCUCGAGAUAUUUUCUCAAUGGCAGCUAUAAACAACAUGUUAAUUUAAUAAAUCCCUUAGGAACUAAAGGUCAAUUGGCAGAGGCUUUUGCGAAGCUUAUUCGUUACAUGUGGAGCGGACAAUAUACAUUUGUUUCGCCAGUGACUUUCAAAGAGGCUAUUGGACGCUUUGCGCCACAAUUUUCUGGAUCAGAUCAACAAGAUUCGCAAGAGUUCUUGGCGUAUCUGCUUGACGGGUUACAUGAAGAUUUGAAUAUCAUUAAAUAUAAACCCCCAAUGCGGGAAUUGACGGAAAAAGAAGAGGAAGAGAGAGAACUUUUGCCUUCGCAAAAAGUUUCGGAAAUCGCGUGGGAGGAAUAUACUCGUCGUAAUUGUUCUAUGGUUGUCAGUCUUUUCCAAGGACAAUAUCGUAGUCGACUGCAAUGUCUGACUUGUGGUAAAACCUCGACAAAGUAUGAUGCAUUUAUGUGUCUACAAGUGCCAAUUCCUGCGAAAAGUUACGAAAAAAUAAAUCUUCACCAUUGCCUGAACGAAUUCGUCAAAGAGGAAAUACUCGAAGGCAAGGAUGCAUGGCACUGUCCACGUUGUCGAGUUCCACGACGCGCCACUAAAAGUCUUAUAUUAUCUCGUCUGCCUAAUAUUCUUUUAAUACAUCUAAAACGAUUCUCGUACGACGGUCCUUUUAGAAAUAAGCUCGAAACCGUAGUAGAUUUCCCAUUAGUAAAUUUGGAUUUGACAGAGUACAUGCUCCCGCCGUUACCCCCGACUGCGGAAAUUGGACUCAAAUUGCAAACGGGUCUUGAUAAUACACCGUCGCCGCGACAAUCCUCGCAACCAUGUGGUCCACCUUAUAUAUAUGAUCUUUACGCGGUGUCUAAUCAUUAUGGAGGCGGGUUAAAUGGCGGACAUUAUACUGCUUGUGUUCGUAAUGGAUAUCGUCAAGAAUGGCAUAAUUUUGAUGAUAGUCGUGUUUCGGUUUGCGACGAAAGUAGUGUUAUGUAA